AUGGAGUCUAUGGCAAGAGUAUUCUAUACUUUACUAAUUAUCACAUCCUCCUGGGUGGAAGCUAAGAACGGAAAUCCAUUGACAAUCUCAGAGAUAAAACCAACCAAAUAUAAUACCAGUAUACUAAUAUGUCCUCCACUGGGACUAGAAGUAAAUUUUGAGGUUGCCACCAUACAUACAAUAACGCGAAUGUACGGUUGUGCUUACUUAAAAAAAGAUACUGUAAUGAGUACAACUCCAUUAUUAAAUUUGUGGCUUGAACGUCCCGUGGAAACCAGCGUACAUAGACAUUGUGAUGAUCUGACAAAUAUGGAUCAUUUUGUUUUUGAGUGUGUGUCAAAAUACGAUCCGAUCAAUAGUGAAGAAAAUGUUCAAGGCUGGAGUUAUGUAAUUCUAUUAGAACGUAGACCAUACUUGAAGAAUAAUAAUGAAACUAACAAAACCCAUUUUUACAGAUGUGCCGUGUACGAUGUGCAUGACUCAUCUGUUGAGGGGGUUAAAAUAAUUCGAAUGGCCAUCAGUGCGCCAAUUAAAGGACAUAUACAUGGAAGCCAGUGCGAAGGUCUAUCAAAAACGAUGGGACAAAGUGAAUUACCAUACGUUCCCGAGGGGCGACGAACUUGGCCCAAUGGAUCACUAUAUUUAUAUUUGUUAGGAAGACGGCCAUUAUUUGAUGGAUCCCCAAAAAAAUAA